CUUUAGGAAAUGGCAUUUUGUGCCAUUGUCUCUCUCACUCUCACUCAUCACUCCCACUCUCCGCGACUUCUCUCGCAUUUCCAACUUUCAAGAUUUCACAGAGCAUCCGUUUGUCCCCAAUUUCACUGCAGAAGACGAAUUGCGACUGCAAUAAUGUCGUCAGCUUCGGAAACUGCAGCAGAACAAACCAAGGUCUCCGCUCCGUAUGGUUCUUGGAAGUCCCCGAUCACCGCAGACGUUGUCUCUGGCCGGAUAAACGGCGGCUUUGCGUCGGAUAAACGGCUGGGCGGCUUUGCGGUUGAUUCGGGCCGACUCUUCUGGCUUGAAUCACGCCCAACUGAAUCUGGAAGAAAUGUGCUGGUAAGACAAGCUGAGAGUGAAAAGGACAAGCCAAUUGAUAUUACACCUAAAGAUUUUGCUGUGAGGACUGUGGCACAAGAAUAUGGAGGGGGGGCCUUUAGCAUUUCCGGGGACUCUGUUAUCUUCUCAAAUUACAAGGAUCAAAGGCUCUACAAGCAGUCAAUUUCAUCCGAAGAUUUAGCCCCAGUGCCAAUCACGCCGGACUACGGUGGGCCGCUUGUCUGCUAUGCUGAUGGAGUAUUUGAUUCUCGAUUUAAUCGCUACCUGACAGUAAGGGAAGAUCGUCGUGAAAGCAGUAUAAAUGCCACCACAACAAUUGUUUCAAUUGAUCUCAGCAGCAACGAUGUAAAAGAACCUGAAAUAUUAGUUGGAGGCAAUGACUUCUAUGCUUUUCCUCGGAUCGAUCACAAAGGAGAACGAGUAGCGUGGAUUGAAUGGGGCCAUCCCAACAUGCCAUGGGACAGAUCUGAACUUUGGGUUGGCUAUCUCUCUGAGAAUGGACACAUCAAAAACCGGAUUUGCGUUGCUGGUGGUGAUCCAUCGAUUGUGGAAUCACCAACUGAACCUAAGUGGUCACCUGAAGGGGAACUUUUCUUCGUCACAGAUAGACAAAGCGGGUUUUGGAAUAUUUACAGAUGGGUGGAAUUCACAAAUGAAGUACUGCCUGUUUAUCCCUUGAAUGCUGAGUUCACAAAACCAUUAUGGGUUUUUGGCUUGAACUCAUAUGACUUUCUUCAGAGUCCUAGUCAGAAGAACUUAAUUGCUUGCAGCUACAGGAUGAAUGGGAGGUCAUAUCUUGGAAUUCUGGAUUCGCAGAACAAGAUGUCGCUACUUGAUAUUCCUUUCACAGAUACAAAUAAUAUAACAUCUGGGCCUGACUGCCUGUAUGUUGAAGGAGCAUCUGCAGUUCUUCCUUCAUCAAUAGCUAAGGUGGCAUUAGAUGAUCAGAAAUCCAAAGCAAUUGAUUUUAGUAUUAUCUGGUCUUCUUCUUCUAUAAGUUCAUCGUACAGGCCGUACAUAAGCUCACCAGAACUAAUAGAGUUCCCGACAGAAGUCCCAGGGGAAACUGCAUAUGCAUACUUUUAUCCCCCAACCAACCCUCUGUUUCAAGCCAGUGCGGAGGAGAAACCUCCACUACUGUUAAAGAGUCAUGGAGGCCCUACUGCUGAGACCCGCGGUAUUUUAAAUCUCAGUGUCCAGUAUUGGACUAGUCGUGGAUGGGCUUUUGUGGAUGUUAAUUAUGGUGGAAGCACUGGUUAUGGCCGUGAAUAUCGAGAUAGACUACUUGGGCGCUGGGGAAUUGUUGAUGUCAAUGACUGCUGCAGCUGCGCCAAGUUUUUGGUUGAUAGUGGAAAAGUUGAUGGUGAAAGAUUAUGUAUCACUGGGGGUUCUGCGGGUGGAUACACAACCCUAGCUGCACUUGCAUUCAGGGACACAUUUAAAGCAGGAGCAUCCUUGUAUGGGGUGGCUGACUUGAAAUCAUUGAGAGAUGACACUCACAAGUUUGAAUCUCACUAUAUCGACAAUCUUGUAGGUGACGAGAGCGAAUACUUCAAGAGAUCACCUAUCAAUUUUGUCGAUAAAUUUUCAUGCCCCUUAAUACUAUUUCAAGGAUUAGAAGACAAGGUUGUCCCCCCUGAUCAAUCACGUAAAAUUUACCAUGCGUUGAAGGAUAAAGGUUUGCCUGUUGCUCUUGUGGAGUAUGAAGGAGAGCAACAUGGUUUCCGCAAGGCUGAGAAUAUCAAGUUCACGCUAGAGCAGCAGAUGGUGUUCUUUGCACGCUUGGUUGGAAAGUUCAAAGUCGCGGAUGAUAUCACUCCCAUUAAAGUUGAUAACCUCGACUAAUGUCUGCUAAUUGUUUCCACCACUUAUCUGGAUUAAUCUCACGCCCCGAUCCACCACAAAGUUGCUGACUUAUAAUGUAUGCUGACUGAACAAAGUUUGCUUUCAGAAUACCAGCCUAGGAAUGGUUGGUUCCAGAAACUUGUGAGAUCACUAGAAUUGAGACUGACUGUGAUUUUAGGCAUCCCACAUGAGCCUGUACCUUUAUAGUGUAUGCACGCAUCGUUACAGAUUCCUAAGUCUACAAUUUCUUAACCACAUUUGACAAUUUGAUGUAGUUUUGGUACCUUGGAUAUUAAAUAAGACUAAUUACAGUUUCACUUCAAAUGA